AUGGGUCCGAGGCCUGCUGGAGCAGGUGGUAGAGGCCGCGGAGGCCCUUCCAGAGGCGGUCCGCCCACUCGUGGUGGUGCGGCGGCAGGUGCCUCUGGAGGGGGAUCGGCUGUCUAUACCACGUCGCCGCAUGUUACGACGGUCGGCGUGAAGCGAACGGCGUUUGGAACAUCCGGGAGACGGAUGGAAGUAUAUACAAACCAUUUUGCUGUCAAGAUUCCUGAGGCAGUUAUUCACCACUAUGAUGUUAUAUCGCCUUCGGAAAAGACCUUACCGGCCAGGCUGAAUAUGGAGCUCAUUACAACGCUCCAGUUGAAAGUAGCAGCGAAUAUUUUUACUCCGAGGGCCGUCUACGACGGUCGCAAGAAUUUAUUUGCUGCGCGAGAGCUCCCUUUCGGGCCGAACACUCCUAGCCGCGAGUUCGAAGUGGAGUUUAAUAAAAAGACUUACAAGAUACGACUCACCAAGGUGGCGGAGAUCAAUCCAGAGGUUCUGGCUCGAUUCUUGGAAGGAAAGCAGUCGCACGACAACGCCGUUCUUACAGCCAUAACGGCCUUAAACGUCGUUAUCAGGAUGGAGCCGACUCUAAAUUAUCCCUUCAAUGUCCGAUCGUUCUUCACGGACAAGGAAACGAAAGACAUUGGAUCUGGAAUCGUCCUAUGGAGAGGUUAUUUCCAGUCCAUACGCCCGGCAAUUGGGCGGAUGUUGAUCAACGUCGACAUCUCCACUGGAACGAUGUACAAGAGCGGCUCACUCUUGAAGUUAUGUCUUGAGUUUGUUGGCCGUUCUGAUCAGCCUCUUGCCUUAGCUCCUCGUAGAGGCUUCCCAGACAGGGAGAGGCUCCGUUUGCAAAGAUUCAUCUCUGGGAUCCGCAUUCUCACCAAGACUCCCGGUGAAGGUCAGCAAAGUCGCACGCCGAGAGUCUUAAAGAAGCUGUCGACAGCUGGAGCAAGCGAUCUGACUUUCACCAUGCGCGAGGGUGGUACCAUGACCGUGGCAGAAUACUUUCAGAAAACAUACAAUAUGCGACUCCAAUUUCCGGAAGUGCUCUGCGCGGAGGUUGGCUCUGGUGCUCUAAUCCCCCUAGAAUUGUGUGUCGUGCCUCCAGGACAAAUCAUGAGAAAGCAAGUUCCGCCGGAGAAAACGAAAGAUGUGCUUGACUUUGCUACAAAGAGACCGGAAGAUCGUCUUCAGAGCAUCAGGAACGGCUUAAGCGUCCUUCAAUACGGGCAAUCCGAGUAUGUCCGGCAGUUCGGGAUGGUAGUCGAUGAGGCUGCGGGCGCCCUCACCAUCAACGCCCGUGUUCUGGACACUCCAACUUUGCGGUAUGGCAAAGGAAGUCGCCAACCGACCAUCGUGCGCGUCAGCGAAUUUUUCCUGAUAGACAAGAAGUUCUACAGCCCGGCGAGUAUCGACAAGUGGGUCGUAGUUGUGUAUGAACGGCAGCAACGUUUCAACGCGAACAACGUCCGAGAGAUGGUCGAGGGUUUCGUGGCUGCGUGUCGAGACGUUGGCAUGGUUGUGAAGGACCCGAACCCGAUAGUUCGAUGGGAAAAUGGUCAGGGCAAUAUAGGCGCGCAACUUCGUGAGGCAGGAAAGGAGUGCAUGACUAAGACGGGCUCGCCUCCGAGUCUGAUCGUCGCAGUACUGCCCGAAGGUGGGACUGAUAUCUAUACUGCUAUCAAGCAUUUCGGGGACAUUACGAUGGGAGUGGCGACGCAAUGUUUGAAGAGCUCUCGCUGCUUCCGCGCGAAGCCUCAAUACUAUGCAAAUGUUUCUCUCAAGCUCAACGUGAAGCUGGGUGGUAUCAAUACUAUCCCUGACCCGCCCUCCGCUCCAUUCCUCACGGAUCCGAAUAACCCAACCAUAGUCAUGGGCGCAGAUGUCAUUCAUCCUGCUCCCGGUUCAGAGGGUCGCCCCUCCUUCACAUCUCUGGUGGCGAACGUCGACUCCGACACUGCGAAGUAUAUCGCAGCGUCGCGAGUCCAAACAUCGCGUCAGGAGAUAAUAGAAGAUCUGGGUGAUAUGGCGCAUCAUAUGCUCGACAUGUACAUGAAAUACCGUCGAGGCGUUGAGAAGAAGGCUAAUCCCGUGCCAAAGAGAAUUAUCUUCUAUCGAGAUGGAGUAUCGGAGGGGCAGUUCAAGCAGGUUCUUGACUUAGUUGACUCACGUCGCGUUCUAGAGGCUUGCCAGAAGUUGAAUAUUAAGCCGACCAUCACCGUUGUUGUCGUUGGCAAGAGGCAUCACGUCCGCUUCUUCCCUAAGAACCCCAGCGAUGGAGACAGGAAGAGUGGGAACUGUCCCGCCGGCACUGUCAUCGACCGAGACGUGGCGCACCCUACGGAGUUCGAUUUUUAUCUUCAGAGCCACGGGGGUCUGCUGGGAACUUCUCGGCCAGCCCACUACAAUGUGCUUUAUGACGAGAAUAACUUAACUCCGGAUGGCCUCCAGUCUUUGUCCUUCGCACUUUGCCAUGUCUACGCCCGUUCCACCAGAUCGGUGUCGAUUCCAGCCCCAGUAUACUAUGCGGACAUCGUGUGCACCCGGGCCAAAAAUCAUUAUGAUCCCAACGAACGGCUCGACUUCUCCGACUCGGCGACCAAUCUUGAGGAAGGCGCGGCAGAUCAAAGUCUAGACAAGUUCAAGAGAGGGUUCAAGCCUCUUCAUCAGAAGAUGACGACUCUCAUGUACUUUUCUUGA